GUUUUUAAAGAAUAAGAAUAGUAAGCGAUCAAUAAAUGCUAAAGAAGCAAAUAAUAAAAGGGCGUUUGCAACAUUUGGUGGUGGUGCUAGAAUUUGUCCGGGAAAGCUCUGGGUGCUAACUGAAAUAAAAGUACUUUUGGUGGCAGCCUUAAUGAAAUAUGACAUGGAAUUUGUAAAUAAAGAUCAAGGAUUGGACUUAGUUUGGGCUUCAUCUUAUCAUUGGCGAAAACUUGAA